CACACCCAAGAUGGCCCCCGGGGGCGGCCGCAGCGACGCGGUGGGCGCUGGGCGGGGAGUCCACAGGCAAUCGCCUCACGUGAGAGCUGAAAAGGGAAGAACCGGGACGGCGCGGGGCACUGAAGGGGGUGGGUUGUCGCCCGCUCCCCGGUACCACCGCCUCGGCAGCGGCGCGUUCCAAAGCACCGCGCACCCGGCUCCGCCAGAGCGCCGGAGCGAAGUGCGGCAGGACUACAAGUCCCAGCGUGCAUCGCGGCACGCCGCCAGCGGUGAGGGUCUGGCGGGGGCGCGGGGGCUGCCGAGAUUUGUAGUCCCGCGCGUUGGGUGGGGUGAGUCCGUCACUGGAGCAGCGCUGAGCUUUUCCACCAUGAGGACGCGAUACCUGCUCCCCGCUCUGCUGAGCCUCUCGCUGGCGCUGCUGGGGCCUGGCGAUGGAGCCAUUGUGUUGUCAGUCCCUGAAGUGGUUUCUCUAGAAAGUGGAAGUUCAACAAACGUCACUAUCUCUCUGAGGGCUCCACUAAACGAGACACUGGUGAUAACUCUUAAUAUUACACACUCCUCAAAGCACAGCACCAUUGUUGAACUUCCUGAUGAGGUACAGUUCCCCGCAGGUCACACUGAAGCAAACUUCCAAGUGAAAGCAGAUGAUGUGGGACAAGUAACAGUUUACCUUUAUCCCAAUAAUUCCAAUUUAACUGGGCCUAGGAUUCAAUUUCAAGUGAUUCACAGCAUCAUAGUGAGAUAUGCUGAUGAGGUGAUUGGCUGGAUCUAUUUUGUUGCCUGGUCCAUCUCCUUUUAUCCUCAACUCUUUGAGAACUGGCGACGGAAAAGUGUUGUUGGACUAAGCUUUGACUUCAUAGCCUUAAACCUUACUGGCUUUAUAGCAUACAGUGUGUUUAAUGUUGGGCUCUUCUGGAUUCCCUUGAUUAAGGAGGAGUUCCUGGUCAGUUAUCCCAGCGGGGUGAACCCUGUGGCCAUCAAUGAUGUUUUCUUCAGUCUCCACGCAGUAGCCCUGACCCUCCUCACCAUCAUUCAGUGCUGCAUCUAUGAGAGAGCAGGUCAGAAAGUAUCCAAAGUUGUUGUUGGACUCCUGGCACUUGCGUGGAUCUUCACCUUCACAACACUGUUCCUGGCUGCAGCUGAGGUGAUGACAUGGCUGCAGUUCUUGUUCUGCUUCUCCUAUAUUAAGUUAGCAGUCACACUGAUCAAAUACUUCCCACAGGCCUACAUGAACUUCCGUCGGAAGAGCACUGAGGGAUGGAGUAUUGGAAAUGUGUUACUGGACUUCACUGGGGGAAGCUUCAGCCUUCUCCAGAUGUUUCUGCAGUCAUACAACAACGAUGAGUGGAGGUUAGUCUUUGGAGAUCCAACCAAGUUUGGCCUGGGUGUCUUCUCCAUCAUCUUUGACAUCGUUUUCAUGGCCCAGCACUACUGCCUGUACAGGAGACGAGGGUAUGAGCCUUGUGAAUAACAAACAUCACUUGUGGAGACUCAAACUUUAAACUGAACUUGGCCCUACCCUCUCUGAGGGCUUUCAAGAUUCUUGCUGCCCGUUACCAGAAGUGCUGAUUCUGAUCUGUGACUUGAUCCUCUCUGGGCUGGAACACAAACUGUUGCCUUGCCAAGCACUGGCUGCCAGAUGCCUUAAGGACAGCAAGCUCUCAGCUGCACAUGGGGGACUCGUGCCUGUUGGAGCUGCACACACAGCUCAGAGGGAGCUGUCCAAGCAACACGUGGCUCUUUUUUCACCAACCACAGGGAAGAGAAAGACCAAAGUGAUGUCUUUCUGAUUGGAGGUGAAGCACAAAGAGCAGAGUUCUGUCUUCCAAAAAUCUGAGAUCAUGUUUAAACAACCACUUAAUGUCUUUAAGUAAUGACUGAAGACUGUCUGUGGAUCCAAGUGCUGCUGCUGACAUUUCCCAGACAGCUCACAGUCCACCACCACUCAGGCUGGUCACAGUGGUACAUCACAAUAAUGAAGUUGUAAUAAAUGCACAACUAUUACAAUUUGAACUCUUUAUUAAAAAAAUCCUGAAAACCAGAAGCUGUAUUCUUCUCUCACUGAAAGCUCUUUCAAAGGUGCUAAGACAAGUAAUUAACAGGAAUCUGUGCAUUUAUACUUGAAUGCUUAGAACCUAAUGUAUCUUUCUAGA